AUGAUGGGACGACGAGUUGAGGAGAAGAAUGAGUAUGAGACGGACUCGAUGAUGGCGGAAAUCGCGCUCAAAAGACAUCAAAGCUAUGAGAAGGUGUUGGAGAAACGAAUGGAAGCGCCGAUGAAUCCGAACACGGCUUUCAUUGAGGAAAAUGACGAGUCGAAUUUUCCGCUUCGUAGCAUUUCUAUUGAUUUUUCGCCGGAAUGCUCCACCCAGCAAGAAGACGUUGAAGACGUCGAGCAGACAGAUCGUGGAUUAUUCAUUGAAGGCGAUGCGCUUGUCGAUGAGUACAUCGCUGGAAGUUCGACGGAUCUGGAUCCCGGCGACGUCAUGGUUUCAUCUCGAAGCUAUUAUGGCAUCGACGAUGCCGUCGAGCAUAUUUCGUUUCAACUUCCUGGUCAACGAGCGUCUGCUGAGAAUGCGGCCAACGAUUUCGGCGACGGUGAACUCGAGCCGACGAUGACUGGCACGAUUGUCGAGGAAUUGGAAUCGAGCAAAGUGAAAUGCACGGGUUGCGGAGCGAAUUUUCACUGCAAAGAUAGCUCACUGCCUGGAUUUGUGCCGUUUGAAAUUUUUGCGAAAAUUGAGAGGAAUGGGAAGCCUGUCAACGAUAACUCGUUGUGCAAGCGAUGCCACCUUCUUCAUGAGCACAAUUUUCUGCUCAACGUCAAUGUUGUCGAUGUUGAUUACGCUUCAAUGAUGUCGGAACUUCGAAAUCAUCCCGAAUCGUUGGUUCUCCUCGUGCUGGAUGUCACAGAUCUGCCUGGAAGUAUCUAUCCGAAGUUGGCCGAGAUCAUCGGAUCGCGAAAGCCGAUGAUUGUGAUCGGGAACAAGGUUGAUCUACUUCCACCGGACGCACGAACCGGCUACAUGUAUCGAUUCAAGAAGACCGUCGAGAGAGCUGUGGAGAAAGCUGGCUAUCGGGAGAGCUUCAACAUAAUUCACACGGCUCUUGUCAGCGCUAAAACCGGAUACGGUGUCGAGGAUCUGAUCACAGAGAUCUAUAUGAAAUAUACGAAUGUGAAGAUGGGAAUGCGUGGAAAUAUGUAUCUGGUUGGUUGCACGAAUGCGGGCAAAUCGACAAUGUUCAAUGCGCUUUUGCAAUCGGAUUUGUGCAAAGUUCGAGCAGUGGAUUUGGUCGAUCGCGCGACGACUAGCAUCUGGCCGGGAACUACGAUCUCUCUUCUCAAGUUUCCGGUAAUGAAACCAUCGCCGUACAAACUUGAAAUGCGUCGAAGACGCCUCAUUGCUCACCGCGCUUGGACGAAAAAGGAGAUGUUUGCGCGAAAAUUGCUGCUCAAUGAAACCGGUGAUGAUCGAUUCGCCAUUCCGACGGCUGUCAUUCAGAAUACUUUCAAAGAAUCGGAGGAUGGUCUUCAACCGAUGGCGCUCAAAGAAUUGAGUGCGAAUGAGGAGGAUAAUGAGGAAAAGACGGGAAAACCGGCGUGGUCCCUCGAUGAUUCAAUUUUUGCCAAGGGAAAAUGGUGCUACGACACUCCCGGAACGGUUAAUGAGAAUCAAGUGCUCUCGUUGUUCACACUAGACGAGCUUAUCAAUGCGAUUCCGCGAAAAAUUCUUCGGCCGAGAACGGCGAUUCUACGCGCUGGCGAUAGUUUGUUGAUCGGCGGAGUCGGAAGAAUCGACGUUGAAGAAGCAUCCGAUAAUGUUCUGUUGACAACGUUCGCCAAUGAGAAACUGCCGCUCAACGUGAUGCCGAUUAGCGAGGUCGAUGAGUUCUUGACGAAAUGGCUUGGAACGAAAGCGCUUGUGGUGCCAUGUGGAGGAGCGAAAAGAAUGGAAAAUUGGCCGGGAUUAGGUGAUGGAAGAGAAUUUCGAAUUAGAGGAAAUAAGGAUGAAGGAUGUUGUGAUAUUGUGCUAUCUUCAAUCGGAUGGGUGAUGGUUAACAGCAAGAGUGAUUUGAAAAUAAAAGCGUUCUCUCCUGAUUCGAAAGGGCUCACAGCACGAUUGCAGCCAAUUUUGCCAAAUUCCGCCGAUCUUCGAGGCAAAAGAAUUCCCGGAAGCAGAUUCUAUAAAUACAGCCUUGAUUCAAACCAUGUCGUGUAUCUUAACGAUUCCAGCUUCUUCGCUAUUCUAUGCCUCAUUGCAUCGCUGGGACUCGGCGUUGCAUUCUCGCAUUGGAUGUUCAAAUCGGCAAAUGGUGAUAUGAUGUAUGGUUGGGUUAAUGGUGGAGAAGCGGCAGCGAGCAGGAGAGUCGUAAAGGAGAGGGCGGAGAAUGAGAAGAUUCGGAAGAUGCCGUGGCAGGGACUUGAUAUCCCGUCAUCACUGAAUGAUAGUCUCGAAAUGUUUCUCAAUGAAAUUAUCGAUCAAUAUGUGAACACCUGGUAUGGAGCAUCGAUCAGCAGAGAUCGCGCAUUUCUGAAUGAAAUACGGUAUCAGCUACGAUUUGCCACCGCGAAUCUUGUUCGCUACAUUCAAAGGAUCGAUCUUGCCAAAUUUUCCGCAACUCAUGCCGUUCCUUCGAUCGCAUUCCAUAUGACUCGUCUUUCCGAGCUUGAGCGUCAUCUUCGCGAGAAGAACCUGGCACGUUCGGUGAUUGAGACGAAUAUUGCGCAAAAGCUCGCUGAUUGUCACAUCGCGUUGGCUAGUCGAGAACACGAGCGUCACUACCUUCAACAGAUCACCGAGUUCCUCAUUCCGCGACUUCUCGAUGAUUCGAGGCUUGCUGGACGAGCGCAUGAUGACGACAGCCCGUUGAGAUUGUACGGCAGCUGUAAAGUCGAGCAAACGUGGCCGUCGAAGUCAGUUAGGCAUUUCCUUCGCGAGAUUCUUACCAAUGCGGUACUUAUUCCUUCAAUCGAUUCUCUCACCCAACCAGAUAUGAUCAAUUACUGGCUAAUUCUGCUAUUCGACGACGGAAAUGCUGGAGUCGUUCCUCCUGCUGUCGAUACAUCGUUGGUUGAGCUGCUCGAAGGAUUCCAAAUCGAUGCGCCGACCAAUGUUCCCGACUCGCUACUGCAGCUGAAAUUGACCGAAAUUCUGAGGGACUCGCGACUUUACGCGAUAUUCCGAAUGUAUUUGCAAGACAUUCGCGGACCAGUCAAUGAGCUCCAAUUUCUAUGCGAAGCGACGAGAAUUCAUGAAAGCAUUCAGCGAAGUUCGGAAUCGGCGAGUCAAAUCGGUUAUGACGUCUGGCAAUUGUACACUCAGUUUGUUCAUGAAUCGACGCCCGAUCGAGUUGAGCUCGAUAAAACGAUUGUUACUCAAUUCGAAGAAGCCGUUAAAAGCAAAAAUUUGAAAGAUUUGGAUGUGAUCAUUGAAACUUCGUAUCAAACUGUUUACAAUCGAAUGCAAUCCGAGCACGUUAUCACGUUCUGUCAAUCGGAAUGUUUUCUGGGACAACUUUGCGGCUCACCACCAGUUACUAUCAAUGAGCUAAUUGAUCGUGAGACACAGGAGAAGCGGAAGCAUCAAACCGUCGAGAAGACAUUUUCACUAUCACAACUUCGCGAUCGUGUUCGCAAAGCGCUCACAUCAUUCAGCGAGGACGAUGAUGAUAAUUAUUCGAAAAACGACGACAUCCCAACCGAAUCGUUCGAUUUGUCAAAUUCGAGCUCGUUUGUGAAUGUGCCUUCGAUUGAUAUUCUGACCGAAGAAGAGAAUAAAUCGUCGGAAGAGGAGGAAGUGAUGAAUGAACAAGAGGCGAAUACGCUCAUCAUGGAUCCGGACGCGAAAGAUUUGAAUAAAUGGAAGGUUAAUGUGUCCAAAGUUGCGCCGAUUAGGGAUUCGUAUUCAGGUCGUACUGGCUAUGUAUUUGUGAUCGAGGUGGUGAGACCUGAGGCAAAAGAGCAUGAAACGAAACGAUGGGAGAUUCAUCGAUCAUUUAGUGAAUUCUACGCGUUGGAAACGAAAUUGAACGAGUUUCAUGGCGAUUCGCUGAGAUUCGCUGCUCUUCCUCCAAGGAAGGCCUUUGUGACGCGAGAUAGGCCGUUUAUGGAGCAGCAUCGUUUGAUAUUCGACACGUUCAUUUCGACACUGUGCAAACAAAAGCUCUUGAACCGAUCGGAGCUGCUGCUCUCAUUUCUGACGAGCAACGAGGAAGUUCGCGACACACUUCUGCUCAGCGAUCUGAAUCCAUGGAAGGUCGUCAAAAAGAUGCCCGGCAAACUCUCGCGAGAGAAGGGCCAAAAUCUGAGGCCGUUUUUGCUGAAAUCGCUAGCGACGAUACUUGCCCGAGAUCCGCCGCGAAGUGUCGAGUCGGCGAAAGAUCCGGAAACGACGAGCAUGGAUUUCGGCUCGAGCAUCAAUAAUUAUUCGCUGUCGACGAAUGCGAUCUACUCGUCCGUCUACGGCAACAAUUUCGAGGGAAUUGUGGAUUUCGAGAAGGUUCGCAAUCGAAUUAUUGGCAUCGGCGAAGCUCUAUGGUCGCAUAGCGCAUUUGACUCGGCACUUUUAUUUUUGUGGGCCUUCAUCAAGCGACACUCAAUUUGGCUCGCGAAUUUGGUAUCAUCUUUCCGAUCGCUUUGUCGUCAUACCGCCGAUUCGGCGAUUGACAAUAUUCUGAAAGGUGUGUUCAAGCAAUGCCUAUCCGUCGACAAAUUGGUGCUGUUGGUGCAACACCUACAGUACACCAUAUUCUGCAAUGACAAUUAUGCGUGGCCGACCGAGAACGAGAUGCAAAUGAGGGAGGAGCUCGCCAAGCGGCGAACAUUGGAAUAUUUUCAGAAUUUGGUUGACGCUCGCGCUGAACGAUUCAUCGGUCGGGAGAACGUGAAAGAUGUCGUCGGAAGCGCGCUGGAGAUCCUCCAAUACCCCCGUUUGAACAAACAACUUGCAUAUGUGUUAUUAGAUCAGCUACUAGUCGAAGUAUUUGCUGAAUUGAAUGAUAGUGGUGCUCACCCCCUUCAGUAG